AUGCAUCUCGCUGCUCUGCGAGCUGUCCGGACAACCUGCCAAACUAGCAUACGAUCGGCUGCCCUCGGCCGGCCCUCGCUGAGAAGCCUUCUCUCCUCCACCUUCCGGCCGUCGACCCUCGUCUCUGCCUCACGCGCCUCCGCCUCGCUGCACACCUCCACGACCGCUGCCACCGCCGCUCGCCGCUCGCAGACAGCCAGCGUGCCCCUGCGGUCGUCCAUGUUCUUUAGGCGCAUCCCUGCUGCGCUCGUCUCCAGCGCCCUCGUUGGCUACGGCGCAUGGUACUCCUACAACGGAGGUACUGGCUGGAAUUUGACCAACGCGGCUGGCGCACGCAGUCUGACCUCGACCGGCGGUCAGGGACCUCUGGGCGCCACAACAGGCGCGGCGUCUGCGGCCCUGCCUACCAGGACCGUUCUUGUAGUCGGUGCUGACGAACUGCGGCAGGGGACAAUUGUGGGCGAAGAGCCGAUUUCGAAAACGACGGGUGACGGACGCCGCAUCGUGGAGAUGCUGACCCCUGAGCUGGCUACGGAGAAGCUCCGCAAGUUGGAGGAGUCCUUCUCUGUCAACCGUGGCCAGGGUGUGACUCGCUACGACCUUGUUCAACUGUCCAGCAACGAUCCCAUUGAAGAUGACCACGCCGAGAAGAUUGUUGAGGUCAAGGCUUCGUCGGCUGAUGGCACAAACAACGAUUGGAUGUUUUGGGGCGUUUUCGAUGGCCACUCUGGCUGGACGACUUCGGCGACGCUACGCGAAAGUCUCAUCAGCUACGUGGCUCGGGAACUAAAUGAGACAUACAAGGCAACCAAAGGAAACCUGCCUAGCGCCGAUGCUAUUGACCUCGCGAUCAAGACUGGCUUUACCCAGCUGGAUGACGAGAUUGUCCACAAGAGCGUCGAAAAAGUCUUCAAGACCAGCUCCAAGGCCAUGGCUGCUGAGCUGCUGCAGCCAGCUUUGUCGGGAUCAUGCGCUCUGCUGUCCUUUUACGAUACCCAGAGCCAACUUCUUCGAGUGGCCGUCACCGGUGACUCGCGCGCUGUCCUCGGUCGCCGCUCCAACAGUGGCAAGUGGACGGCCACUGCCCUUUCGGAGGAUCAGACUGGCUCGAACCCCAACGAAGCCGCGCGCUUGCGCAGAGAGCACCCCGGCGAGGACAAUGUCGUGCGCCAUGGGCGUGUGCUCGGUGGGCUCGAGCCUACCCGCGCUUUUGGCGACGCCGUCUACAAAUGGAGCCGCGAAACCACUAUCAAGCUCAAGCAGGGUUUCUUCGCCCGCAGUCAGUCGCCGCUGCUAAAAACGCCCCCGUACGUUACCGCGGAGCCGGUAGUGACGACGACCAAGAUUAGCCCCGAGAACGGCGACUUUCUGGUCCUUGCCACCGACGGUCUCUGGGAAAUGCUCACUAACGACGAGGUCGUUGGCCUUGUUGGCCAGUGGAUCGAGUCGCAGGCCAAGACGGGCUCGUCUAGCUCGCACUUUGAGUCGGCAUGGGCCAAGGUCUUUGGCGCCUCGAAUAAGGCGCUGCCCGUCGAGCAGAGCAAAGAGUCCGCUGGUGCUGGUGAAGGUCAGCGUGUGCCGAUUCGUAUGCAGCAGUGGGGAAAUGACCCUGAUGCCAAGGGUCGAUUCCUAGUCAAGGACAAGAAUGUGGCGACACAUCUUGUUCGCAAUGCGCUGGGUGGCUCCAACGAUGAGCAAGUCCGCGCUCUCCUAACUCUUCCUGCCCCUUUCUCUCGGCGUUAUAGGGACGACUUGACUGUGCAAGUCAUUUUCUUUGGCAACGGUCCCAAGACGGGCGAGGUCACUAUCAACCACGAAGCGACUGCCAACAAUGGAGCUCCUAAGCCCAAGCUGUAA